CGCGGCGCGUGCGGGCGCUCAGGGCGCACACCGGCCGGCGGGGCUGACGCGGGCGGGCCGGCUGAGGAGGCUGAGGAACCCGCGGAGCCGGGAGCGGGAAGCCGAGGGACCGCGGGCGCCCGAGGAGCCCGCGGAGACCGAGGAACGCGGGGCGGCGGCGCGAAGGCGGCCAAGCGCGGGGAGCCGGGCCGUGGACCUGUGGGUGCGCGUGCCGCCCGGCCCCACCCGCGUCCGCGCCCCCGGCCCCGACCCCCGCUGCGCCCGGGCCGAGGAGCGCGGCCGCGAGGAUGACGACGGGCUGUCGCGACGAGGAGCGGCGGAAGCUGGCCGACAUAAUCCACCACUGGAACGCCAACCGGCUGGACCUGUUCGAGAUCAGCCAGCCCACCGAGGAUUUGGAGUUCCAUGGAGUGAUGAGGUUUUAUUUUCAAGAUAAAGCUGCUGGGAACUUUGCCACCAAGUGCAUUCGGGUCUCCAGCACUGCCACCACUCAGGAUGUCAUCGAGACGCUGGCCGAGAAGUUCCGGCCUGACAUGCGCAUGCUGUCGUCUCCCAAGUACUCACUCUACGAAGUGCACGUCAGCGGAGAAGAAAGAAGAUUGGACGUAGACGAGAAGCCUCUGGUUGUGCAGUUGAAUUGGAACAAAGACGACCGAGAGGGCCGAUUUGUCCUGAAGAACGAGAACGAUGCUGGCCUUCUGAAGAAGGUUCAAAGCAAUGGACCUGAAAAGCAGGAGAAAGAAGGUGUGAUCCAGAACUUCAAGAGAACUCUCUCGAAGAAGGAGAAGAAGGAGAAGAAGAAGAGGGAGAAAGAGGCGAUGAGACAAGCAUCCGAAAAAGAUGACAGACCCUUCCAAGGGGAUGAUGUUGAGAACUCCCGCCUGGCUGCGGAGGUUUACAAAGACAUGCCCGAGACGAGCUUCACGCGCACCAUCUCCAACCCCGAGGUGGUGAUGAAACGGCGCAGGCAGCAGAAGCUGGAGAAGAGGAUGCAGCAGUUCCGCAGCUCGGACGGGCGGCCCGAUUCAGGCGGGACACUGAGGAUCUAUGCAGACAGUUUGAAGCCAAAUAUCCCCUACAAGACGAUCCUGUUGUCUACUACUGACCCCGCCGACUUCGCUGUGGCCGAAGCCUUGGAGAAGUACGGUCUGGACAGGGAGAGCCCGAAGGAUUACUGCAUUGCUCGGGUCAUGCUUCCUCCUGGAGCCCAGCAUUCUGAUGAGAAAGGUGCUAAAGAAAUCAUCCUGGACGAUGACGAGUGUCCCUUACAGAUCUUCAGGGAGUGGCCCAGUGACAGAGGGGUUCUAGUCUUUCAGUUGAAGAGGAGGCCGCCGGACCACAUCCCGAAGAAGACGAGGAAGCACCUGGACGGGAAGCCCGCGAGGGGGAAGGAGCGCGCAGACGGGUCCGGCUACGGCUCCGCGCUGCCGCCCGAGAAGCUGCCCUACCUGGUGGAGCUGAGCCCAGGGAAAAGGGGUCUCUCUGCCUACCACGGCUGUCCCACUCACGAAGAUGGCUCCGACUCCAGAGAUAAGCCGAAGCUCUACCGCCUCCAGCUCAGUGUCACCGAGGUCGGGACGGAGAAGUUCGACGACAGCUCCAUCCAGCUGUUUGGUUCAGGAAUUCAGCCCCAUCACUGCGACCUCACGAACAUGGACGGAGUUGUCACUGUCACCCCGAGGAGCAUGGAUGCUGAGACCUAUGUGGAGGGACAGCGCAUCUCAGAGACCACCAUGCUGCAGAGCGGGAUGAGUGUGCAGUUUGGGGCGUCGCAUGUGUUCAAGUUCGUGGACCCCAGCCAGGACCACGCGCUCUCCAGAAGGCCUGUGGACGGGGCCCUGCCCACCAAGGGCCCCAGGCACAAGCCUGGAAUUGUUCAGGAGACGACUUUUGAUUUAGGAGGAGAUAUUCAUAGUGGAACAGCAUUACCAACAAGCAAGAGCUCGACCAGACUGGACGGAGACAGGGUGCCGUCUGCCUGCAGCACCGCCGAGCGGGGGAUGGUGAGGCCCAUGGUCCGCGUGGAGCAGCAGCCCGAGAGCCGCCGACAGGAGAGCAGAAUGCAGGACGGGCCCGGCCCCGAGCUGACACUGCCCGCCAGCAUCGAGUUCAGGGAGAGCUCUGAAGAUUCAUUUUUAUCUGCCAUUAUAAAUUACACUAAUAGCUCUACAGUCCAUUUUAAGUUGUCACCUACCUAUGUAUUAUAUAUGGCAUGUCGGUAUGUAUUGUCAAGCCAGUACAGACCUGACCUCAGCCCCGCCGAGCGCACGCACAAGGUGGUUGCCAUCGUCAACAAGAUGGUGAGCAUGAUGGAAGGCGUGAUCCAGGAAGUAGACCAGGUUGAUCAGAAGCAGAAGAACAUCGCAGGGGCGCUCGCCUUCUGGAUGGCGAACGCGUCGGAGCUGCUCAACUUCAUCAAGCAGGACCGAGACCUCAGCCGGCUCACGCUGGACGCUCAGGACGUGCUGGCCCACCUGGUUCAGAUGGCUUUUAAGUACCUGGUUCACUGUCUGCAGUCGGAACUGAAUAACUACAUGCCAGCCUUUCUGGAUGACCCUGAAGAGAACAGUCUGCAGAGACCAAAAAUAGAUGACGUCCUGCACACGCUCACGGGGGCCAUGGCACUGCUGCGGCGCUGCAGAGUCAACGCGGCCCUGACCAUCCAGCUCUUCUCCCAGCUCUUCCACUUCCUCAACAUGUGGCUAUUCAACAGGCUGGUGACCGACCCCGAGUCGGGGCUGUGCUCUCACUACUGGGGGGCCAUCAUCCGCCAGCAGCUGGGGCACGUGGAGGCAUGGGCAGAGAAGCAGGGGCUAGAGCUGGCUGCCGACUGUCACCUCAGUAGGAUUGUGCAGGCCACCACUCUGCUCACCAUGGACAAGUACGCGCCUGACGACACUCCCAACAUAAACAGCACCUGCUUCAAGCUGAACUCGCUGCAGCUCCAGGCCUUGCUGCAGAACUAUCACUGCGCACCGGACGAGCCGUUCAUCCCUGCGGACCUGAUAGAAAACGUGGUGGCUGUGGCCGAGAACACGGCCGACGAGCUGGCCCGCAGCGAUGGGAGGGAGGUGCAACUGGAGGAGGACCCCGACCUGCAGCUGCCCUUCCUGCUGCCGGAGGACGGCUACUCCUGUGACGUCGUCAGGAACCUCCCAAAUGGCUUGCAAGAGUUUCUGGACCCUUUGUGCCAGAGGGGGUUCUGCAGGUUGGUCCCUCACCCACGCUCACCAGGUACCUGGACGAUCUACUUCGAAGGUGCAGACUACGAGAGCCACCUGACUCGCGAGAACACGGAGUUGGCUCAGCCUCUGCGGAAAGAGCCCGAAGUGAUCACUGUGACCCUGAAGAAGCAGAAUGGCAUGGGCCUCAGCAUCGUGGCGGCGAAGGGUGCCGGUCAGGACAAACUCGGGAUCUACGUCAAGUCCGUGGUGAAAGGAGGUGCUGCAGACGUGGACGGACGGCUGGCGGCCGGGGACCAGCUGCUCAGCGUGGACGGGCGGAGUCUGGUGGGACUCUCUCAGGAAAGGGCAGCAGAGCUCAUGACAAGGACCAGUUCUGUGGUGACAUUGGAAGUAGCAAAGCAAGGAGCCAUCUACCACGGUCUUGCCACCCUGCUCAAUCAGCCAUCCCCGAUGAUGCAGAGACUGUCGGAUCGCCGGGGCUCCGGCAAACCCCGACCGAAGAGCGAAGGCUUCGAGCUCUACCAUAACUCCGCUCCCAACGGGUCCCCCGAGAGCCCGCAGCUGCCCUGGGCAGAGUACAGCGAACCCAAGAAGUUAGCCGGCGACGACAGGCUGCUGAAGAACAGAGCCGACCACCGGUCCAGCCCCAACGUAGCAAAUCAGCCUCCGAGUCCUGGAGGGAGGAGUGCGUACGCCCCUGGAGCAGCUGUGAAGAUAACGUCCGUCUCCACGGGAAACCUCUGCGCGGAGGAGGAGACGCCGCCCCCGCGGCCUGAGGCCUACCCCAUCCCCACGCAGACCUACACACGCGAGUACUUCACCUUCCCUGCCUCCAAGUCCCAGGACCGGGCAGCCCCGCCCCCUCCUCACAGCCACUGGCCCGCCUACGAGGAGGAGCCUCAGGUGCACGUGGACAGUAGCCACCCCAGCGCCACCAUGCAGCGUGUUACCCGUUCCCAAGAGGAGCUUCGGGAAGACACAGUUUACCACCUGGAGCGCCACCGGGUGGAGGCCGCACUGGACCGCAAGUCGGACAGCGACAUGUGGACCCAUCAGAGCUCCUCCAUGGGCUCCAGCGCGUCCAGCCAAGAGCACCUGGACCGUGUGUCCAAGGCAGGCACGCCUGCGUCCACUCUGACCAAAAGUGGCCCUGGGCGCUGGAAGACACCGGCCACCGGGCAGCCUGUGCCAGCAGCGGUCCCCCCGCCCAGCCGCACGGACCUGCCCCCACCCCCUCCUCCACCUCCUGUGCACUAUGCCAGUGAUUUUGACGGAAUCCCGAUGGAGUUGCCUCUCCCACCGCCCCCUGCCAGCCAGGCGGGCCCCCAGUCGGCACAGGUGGCUGCCGCGGAGCGGAAGAAAAGGGAAGAGCACCAGCGCUGGUACGAGAAGGAGAAGGCCCGGCUGGAGGAGGAGCGGGAGAGGAAGCGCCGGGAGCAGGAGAGGAAGCUGGGCCAGAUGCGCACGCAGUCGCUGAACCCGGCUCCCUUUUCUCCUGUGACUGUGCAGCCCACGAAGCCGGAGAAGCCGGCCACGCUGCAGAGGGCCCCGGACACGGUCAUCCGCGAGCUGCAGCCCCAGCAGCAGCCCCGCACGAUCGAGCGCAGGGACCUGCAGUACAUCACCAUCAGCAAGGAGGAGCUCUCCUCCGGCGACAGUCUGUCCCCGGACCCGUGGAAGCGGGACGCCAAGGAGAAGCUGGAGAAGCAGCAGCAGCUGCACAUCGUGGACAUGCUGAGCAGGGAGAUCCGGGAGCUGCAGAGCAAGCCCGCGCGCACCGCCGAGGACAGCGACCGCCUGCGCAAGCUCAUGCUCGAGUGGCAGUUCCAGAAGCGGCUGCAGGAGUCCAAGCAGAAGGACGAGGACGACGAGGAGGAGGAGGACGACGACGUGGACGCCAUGCUGCUCAUGCAGCGGCUGGAGGCAGAGCGCAGAGCCAGGCAGACUGCUGUGCCAGCAAUCUCUGUUCUAGAUUUGUUGCAGGACGAGGAGCGCCGGCGGCAGCAGCAGCUGGAGGAGAUGCGGCAGCGAGAGGCCGAGGAGCGUGCCCGGCAGGAGGAGCAGCGGCUGCGGCAGGAGGAGGAGCGAGGCAGGCGAGACGCCGAGGCAAAGAGGCGACAGGAGGAAGGGUAUUACAGCCGCCUGGAGGCCGAGCGGCGCAGACUGCACGAGGAGGCUGAGCGCCGGCUGCUGGGGCCCGAGGAGCCAGAGCUGGAGCCGGGUCUGGGCCGCCCGCCACUGCCCCGGGGCUACGAGCCUGCGGCCCUGUCGCCCACGGCCCACGUGCCGCCCCCACCACCGCAGCGCACUGCCUCCUCCCUGCAGGCCCAGGCCCUCUCCCCCGACUCCCUGUACACCGCCAAGUACGUUGCGUACAACGAGGAGGAGGAGGAGGACUGCGGCCCAACAGGUCAGGAUGACUGUGCCGGCCCCAGGACGUCUCACGGGCUCCGUCCUCCUGCCGCCCUUAAGCUGCAGCGACCCCCCUGCCAGCCGCGCCCGGCCUCCGAUGGCAUCUUUCUGUCCAACUCAUUCCAGCCACCCUCGGCCAGUGCCAACAGUACUGCCCACAAAGCAGGCCAGCCCCUGCCCCCUCCAAAAACCGCCAGCCUGUGCCAUCUCGGCCCCUCCAGAGGUAGAGGACCAGACUGUUUUGCGGGGUCUUCUGGGACGGCGACCAGUGCCCCUGAGGCUUAUCUGGACCUGAGAGAGAAAGCAGCUAAAAGCCAAGAGGCCGACGUUCCUGCCAGUUCGGGAGCCCCUGAGAACUUGACAUUCAAGGAGCGCCAGCGUCUCUUUUCCCAAGGUCAAGACGUGUCUAAUAAAGUGAAAGCCUCUCGUAAACUAACAGAACUGGAGAACGAACUGAACACGAAAUGAGAAAGGGCACCUUCUGUCCGCCCCAAGUCCUCUUAGCACGGCCCGGUGAGCCUGAGCACGGAGCAGGGCCUUCUCUCCAGCCACUUAGGGUCUGUCUCCAGGACGGUGGGGGUCAGGGGCGUUCCAGUUCUGAGGCCACUUGGCUUUACGGGAGGUUGUCACGUGUGCAGCCUAAACACUGUCCAAUUUCUCAACUGUCUGACUCACAGGAAGACUUUCUCCGUCAGUGUCUUUUUCAGGGGGGCCGCGACAAAGGGGACGUCUCUUCUCUCCUGUCUUCCCCACGGAGCACACAGUGGUCUCUUCUCACACACUCGAGUUGAGCUCUCAGAGGACAGCUCGAACUGCCCAGACUGUCGUUUGCGCUGCUGAGUGGCAACUGGGGAUUGUGGGACAAGGGUGUCGGGGACCUUCCAGGAGAGGGGACGGGGAAGGCGUGGCCCAGCCUCAGCACCUCCCUGUCCCUCCCCCUGUCCUUGGCAGCAGGGACCUGGUCCCUCUUGUGCCUUCUCAGGGCACGCCCUCCUGAAUUAGGUCUGCCUGUUUGAUUGGAGAGGUUUUUUGAACACAAAAUGUUGAGGCUUUAAGCUUAGGAAAUUUUGUUUCUGUAAACACUAGAUUAUUACAGUAAAUUAUGGGUGGUUUUGAAGGUGGCAGUUAACGUCAGCAAGCUGGCUGUUUCCGACGUGCACAGGGAGCUGUGGAAGGGGCCGUGCUGGCUGCAGUGUGGACAGGAGUUGGGCACAGCCCCAGGCGGAGCGCGGGUUGGGGCCUCUCACCCCGGUGCGGUCGGAGGCGGGGCGGGCGGGGCUGCACGAGCAGCCUCUGCAGCUCCCGUCUGUGGGGUGACUCCUGCGGCAGUUCAAGCUGGUUUUUACACUCUGAUAGACUUAUUUAAUUUCUGUUGGUUGAAUUAUAGUUACCACUGUCAUUUUCUCAGCUAUGAAUAUAUGGCUGAUGUUGGGGAGAUGGACCUCACUCUGUUUUCUCGUGUGACGUUAAAUCAGUGAAUCACUCUGAUCGUGGGCAGGUGUCCUGUCUGACCCAGCCCUGAUGCGGGGCCUGGAAGCCCGCUCGGCGCCGCCCCACUCACUGAGAGGCGCGGGUGUCAGGGAGACGCGCACACUUCCAAACUGCAGCGGGGUGGGGGUGGGGUCUCUCUCGCCUUAGAAAUCACUGUAAUAAGAGUUGUACGAUAAGUCAUUAAAAUGCGAGUGUACAUAUUUUGGUGUGUAUCAGGGCUCUUACUUGGAAGUGUGCUUUCACCCUGCCCCUCAGCCCAGCACGAGAGUGGGCGCGCCUCUGCUCGCGAAGGGCUUGCACGCUGCCUCCCGGUGCGGGCCAGACGGCAGCCUUGCAGGGCGAGAGCCGCCCUUUCUUUCAACACGACGCAGCGAACUACUGUUCUGUUAAUAUGUAGGAAGGACGCACACACGCACGCACGUACAUGCGCGUACAUGGAAGCACCUGUGCACAGGGCUGUGUGUGUGUGUGGUCCUUGACUCCUGAGCAGGCGGGGCUGGCCAUCCUGGACGGCGGGCGGGACAGGAGUGGGUGUGGAGUCGCUUUUCGUGGCUGCCCUGCUCUGCAGAGUCAUCCAAACUGCUGUAGUCUCCAUUUCUACUGUAUUUCACUCUCAGCCUAUUUUUAAUAAACUUUAUAUGUAUUUAA